AUGGUGACAGCCGUAUUGUUCGUGCAGAAUGCUGCCCCAAACUCAAUAACACAAUUCCACGAUCUCAUAUCGAAUGAACUACCUGUUCCCCUAGGACCCUGGUCCUUUGAUCUCAAAAUCUUUCUCAACAACAAAUAUUCCAAGCCUUCGAACAUUCAUCCUAGUCAGGUGCCCAAUCGCUAUCUCUAUUCGUUACAAUUGUCCUAUCUGCCGCAGAAGACCAUCACCAUAAUCAACAACACGAAGUCUAUCACCACUGUGACCAGUUUGACCGCCAACGUUUCGGAAAAAGGUUCAGAAGUCUCAAACUCGAAGGACUCCAAAGAUGUGAGUAACUCCAAAAAUGCCAAGUUGAAGGAGCAUUUUUUGAAGGGAUGCUCGCUGAAUACCACCACCGACUCGUUCGACUUGUUCGUGAUGAACAAGCUACAGAAUCUAUGGGCCUUGAAGCAGGUGAUAAAAGGUGAGAGCGGUUACGGUUAUUUGAUAAACGUUGCAAACAUAAACAGUGAGGAUUCUGCUCGAGGCCACGAGACUUUCAAGAUACGGACGUCCAACUGCUUUCUCCAUGGCACAUUCAAGGGAUUCCUGAUAGAAAUCGAGCAUAUAGAAACGACUGCCUCUGAAGAGGCUCAAAACAUUAUCAUGAGCUUCAGCAAAAGCAUCAGCAAGAUCAAAACGUUAAUUGAGGUUUACAAGUUUCCGCAGGGGAGACUGUGUUUUAAUGUGCUGAGCGAUUCGAAGCUAGACUACGAGAGUGAUCUGUGUCAGCAGUAUUCGGAUGCGUUACAGUUCUGA